UACAGUCAAAGUACAUUUCACAAUUUGAGAAGUUUUUGAAGAGCCAGAAGGUAGCAGGUCAGUAUAAUGUCCAAUGGAACGAACAGCAGUUUGGAGCAGGUUUUGGAGGACGAUCGUGAUAAAGUUGAGGCUAUAUUAGUGUUGAUUAUUGGUGUACUUUCAAUGAUUUUUAAUGGUUCCCUCCUUAUUUCAAUGACUGUCAAUCCUAAGUUAGUGUUUGUUUCACUUGGUUCGUAUUUCAUCUAUAAUCUCGGCAUUGCUGAUUUCAUCACGGGCAUCAAUUCAAUAGUUUAUGCGAUAAACACACUUCAUCCAACAGAACUAUUCGAUAAUGAUAUAAAAACAUGUUUACUUAUCAUCUUUUGGAUCAUGAUUGAAGUAUCGUUCUUCACAAUAUUUAUAAUGUCAACAGAACGUUUAGUAGCCAUCGUUUUCCCAUUCAAAACAGCACUGUUAUUGUCAAAGAAACGUACUAUAAUCUACUGUGUCGUCGUAUGGAUUGUCUCCAUAACAUUUGGAAUUCCCAUAUAUAUGAACAACUUCAUAAAUUAUGUUCAACUGUUUCUUACAGUAAUUUUUGAAAUCAUUGUUGUUGCAGUUGUAGUAGAGUAUAUUAUGCUUUUUCGUCAUCUACGUGUCUUAUGGGAAAACAGCAAGUCUCGCGCAGUUUUCAAAGACAGCAGUAAUAUCGAAAAAGGUUUAGUGAACAAAAGUAAAAUAACUGAGCUUCAACGGGAAUACGAAGUGACCAUAAUUGUAGUUACUCUGGCAGUAAUAAUCGCCAUUACAGUCUUUCCCUACAUGAUAGUGUUGCAAGUCCUUUUGAGUUACCACCUUCAGGGAGCAACUUUACCUUCAAAUCAUCCAGCCAAUCUAUUUCGUAGGUAUUACUUUCCUAUUGAACUGCUAAAUUUUGUUGUCAAUCCUAUUGUUUAUGGUUGGAGACUACCGAAAUACCGCCAGGCUUUCUUACGAACUUUUUGUUUUGGAAAAAAAAGAGCAAAAAAUGGCAAUUCAUAUAGCUCACCAAAGACGCUUUGCUCAAACUGUCCCAUUGAUUAUAAGGAGAUGUCCCAAAUAAAAUAACUCCAUAUAAAAUUCUUCAAGUUGUAAAUAUAUGUAUGCAUAACUUGACGCUAUUGAACAGUGUGUACAAAGUUCUGUAAUUCUUUAAAUAUACAAUGUAAAGAUAGGAA